AUGGGGAGGCCAGAGGACUACGGCCCAACGAUCAAUGCGGUGGUUUGGUCCCAGGUUGGACUUUCGCUGUUCUUCCUCUCUUUAAGAGUGUAUUGCAAGUUUAAGAAACACCGUGGACUGUGGUGGGACGAUCAUGUGCUCAUAGCAUCAUGGCUCGCCUUGUUUGUCUCAGCGGUGCUUAGCUCUGUAAACGUCUCGCUCGGCUUCGGCAAACAUGUCUUUCAGGUCAACCCCGUCAAUUUCCCCGCGAUGGGCCUCAACAGUCAGGUCUCGAGUACCGUUUCGAUCUCGGCGGCUGUAUGGAGCAAAACCUCUUUUGCAAUGACCCUUCUUCGGAUUGAAGGCAAAGGCUGGACAAGGAACCUCAUCUGGUUUGCCAUCAUAUCUAUGAACUUGCUCAUGGCACUGAACGCAAUGGCUGGCUGGGUUCAAUGUAGUCCGGUUGAGAAGAACUGGCACCCCGACCUCCCAGGAAGGUGUUGGGAUCCCAAGAUUGCGACUUAUUAUGGUGUUUUCGCUGCUGCCUAUUCCGCAUUCAUGGACAUCCUUCUUGCGAUGCUGCCAUGGAAGUUGAUCUGGGGACUGCAGAUGAAGUUGAAAGAGAAGAUCGGCGUUGGCGUUGCUAUGAGCAUGGGGCUUUUUGCUGGCGCAACUGCUAUCGUCAAGUGCACAACCAUUCCCACCCUGCUUUCUGGCGACUUCACCUACGAUGGUAGUGAGCUUGUCAUUUGGGGAACGGCGGAGUCUGGCGUCACCAUUGUCGCUGCUUCUAUCCCCGUCCUUCGCGUCCUAGUGCGAGAGGUUGCAAGCACUGCUCGGAAAUACUACGGCGGCUCUUCAGGCACCCAAACCGACAGGUCUCGUUUCGGUGUCACCCGUUCCAACACCGUAACGGUAACGACAACAACACGAAAGGGUUCGGUUAAGAAGAAGGACAAGCUAGCGGAUGACCGAAGCGACAAGAGCAUUCUAGGAGACGACGAGGAACCAGAAUUUGGCAAGAUUAUCCGGACCAAUGAGGUUGUUGUGCAGUAUGACACGCGGAGUGAUUAUGAGGGGCAUAAUGGGAGUUAUGAGAUGGACCGCAUGAACCGUAUGGUGUAA